AUGAAGCAAACGGACAUUGAGAAAGGGUCAAGGCCGUCUCCUUCCCGGAACAGUUCCCUCUCGACGCUUUGCGGUGACGAUGUCAGCAGCAAGGCCCCAACUAUUUGCGGCCGGGAAUCGCCGACAUCACAAGAUCCGAGUCAGGACAAGUAUCGUUCAGAGCCCGAGUCCCUUUUGGUCUCUUGGGAUGGACCACAUGACCCAGAGAACCCCAAGAACUGGGACAGAAGGCAGAAAUGGACAAUGUCCCUGAUCAUCUCGGCAUUCGCAUUCCUUUCGCCCCUAUCCUCCUCCAUUGCCGCCCCAGCUUUGGGUCCGAUUGGACAAGAUCUUCAUAUAGACAACCAAGUCCAGCUCCAACUCGUUCUGUCGAUCUUUCUUCUCACCUACGCACUCGGCCCAUUCAUACUGUCACCUUGCUCAGAAAUAUGGGGUCGUACACCGAUAGUCAGAGUAGGGAACACGAUCUUCAUACUGUUCACCACUCUCUGCGGCUUUGCAACAUCGAAAGGGCAAAUUAUCGCCUUUCGGUUUCUAGCCGGGAUUGGAGGAAGUGCAACAACAGGGAUGGGAAGCGGCGUCUUGACAGACUGCUGGCGUCCAGAAGAGCGCGGAAAGGGAAUAGCCGUGAUGCAAUUUGCACCAGUCAUUGGCCCUGCACUAGGUCCCAUUGUUGGUGGCUACAUCUCGCAAUACGCCACCUGGCGCUGGGCAUUCUGGACAGUCGUCAUCUUCAACGUCGCAGUCCAGGCUGUGGCAUUCUUCCUGCUGAAAGAGACAUAUGCGCCUCGCCUUCUUGUGCUGAAAGCCAGGAAGCUUCGCAAGGAGUCAUGUAAUCCAGAAUUCCAGACUGCCUGGGAACGAGAGCAACGCACUCUGACGAAGAUUCUUCGAGUCAGCUUGUCGAGGCCCUGGGUGAUGCUUGCAACUCAGCCCAUCAUUCAAAGUCUAGCAGUCCUUCAGGCUUUCAACUUUGGCUUGCUCUAUCUCGUAAUCUCCGGAUUUCCUACUCUUUGGGAAGGACACUACGAGAUGUCAAAGGGCAGAGCAAGUUUGAACUACAUCUGGAUUGCCGUCGGAUCCCUGAUUGGAGUUUUAAUCUGCGCCCCUACUAUGGAUGCAGUCUACCGACGGCUCAAGACAAAAUCCGGGAUCGGGAUGGAAGAGCAAGGGAGCCCCGAAUUUCGCAUUCCCUUGAUGAUUCCUAGUUCAGUAAUCACGCCUGCUGGGAUGCUGUUGUUCGCAUGGUCCGCGCAGAACAGAAUGCAUUUUCUCAUUCCAAACGACCAAUAG